UCGCGAUCAGUAAACGGUUAAGCGAAAGUCUGACUCCGCCUCCUCUGUUGAGCCCACGGGCGGGAGCAAGGAGGCCACACGCAGGAAGCGCAGGGUGACCUUUUGGCCGGUCCGCGGCCGUCCAGGCCCCGCCCCUGUCCGCCAGGCCCCGCCCCCGUCCGCCCAGGCCCCGCUCCUCGGCGCGCGUCUCUGGCCUUCGCCGUGACGCAAUUCUGGCGCGCCUACUCGAUUUCGCCGGUCGCGUGGCAGUGACGCAACAGCGGCGGGAGCCCAGUUUUGGGGUCAGGCUGGUGGGUGGGGGCGGGCUGAGCUUACGGACCCUGUCUGGCCGCCGGCCUGCACCCCGUCCUCGGACAGCGCCCUUCCCCGCCCGGACGGCCGUCCUCCUCUGGGGCCCCGAGACGGCGGGCAAAGCCGGGCGCGCACGCCGUUUCGCGGGCCGGGCUCUGAGCCCUGAGGGGCGGCUACGGCGUCGGAGAAGCGCAGGCGGCUGCGCCCGCGGGCCGGGGGCCGCAGCCUCAAGACUGAAAGCCGGGGACUGAGCCGCCCGGAGGCCCGCGCGCAGCCCGGCGGCUGCUGAGAAGGGCUGGGCAUGGCCAGCAUCACCCAGCUGUUCGGUGACCUGUGCGAGGCUCUCCUGCCCGCUGCCAAGCCUCGCUUGGGCCAGCGCGGCGUGAGCCGGAGGAGGGCCAAGCGGAGCCUCAAAAGGGUGGCCUACAAUGCCCUUUUCACAAAUCUUUUCCAAGAUGAGACUCAUAAGCAGCAGCCAGAUCUCUCAAAACUCCCGGUGAAAAACAAGAUCCUCAUGCUGUCCUUCGACCUGAGAGUGGGUGGCCUUGGCCCCGAGGCUGACCGUUUGGAGGAGCUUGUGGAGGAGCUCGAAGCAGCCCCUUGCUGUCCCCUCGCGGAGGUGGAGUCUGUCUUGGACCUCCUGGUUCAGCUGGCAGGGAGUGGCCCCCCUCGAGCACUGCCGCGAAAGCGGGACUACUUCUUCAACAACAAGCACGUUGGCAGAAACGUCCCUUACAGCGGCUACGACUGCUACGACCUGAGUGUAUUUGAGAUGGAUGUUCAAUCUCUGAUCUCCAGAGAGGAGUAUUUAUGUCAGGACAUGAUCCAGAAAGCGCUUCAAGUGAUGGAGUCGGCGCCGGGCACCAGCUUGCCCACUGUUGGGCUCUUCUCAUAUGGUGACCCUUGCGGUGACGGGUUUGAGAGAGACACCCGGGUCUCGCUCUUCGGUGCCCUUGUGCACAGCCGCACAUACGACAUGGAUGUCCGACUGGACGUGCCCCCGGUGCUGGACAGCGCGGACCUCUCUGGACUGGCUAUUAAGGUUCCUCAGAGUGUGGAUCAGUCGGAAGAUGAAGGGUUCCAGUCAGCAUCCAAUCUGACACCUGAUUCCCAGUCUGAAGCAGGCGUGACUCCGGACGUCGACCCGUGGGAUGCUGUGCUUACCUAUGAGGCCAGCAAGAAGAGGUGCUGGGAACAGGUUGGAUGCCCCCCUGGCCACAGAGACGAGCCCUACCUCACCGAGGCAGGAAGGGACGCCUUCGACAAAUUCUGGGGGCUCCGCCAAGGGGAGCUGCAGGUGCUGGGCGGGGGACUCCUGCAGGCCCCACAGCCUGUCCUGGUGAAGGAGCACGAGCUGGUGAAGGACGCUCUCAAUGUCCUGAUUGGUGUCGUGUCUGCCACGUUUUCCCUCUGCCAGCCAGCUCAGGCCUUUGUGGUGAAGCAGGGUGUCCAUGUAUCAGGAGCGUCCCCCGAGAGCAUCAGCAGCCUCCUCUCAGAGGUGGCCGAGUGUGGGACCCACUAUGCACGCCUGAGCCACUUCUCUCUGCAGCCUGUGCUGGACCCCUCGUGCGGCAAGGGACUCGUGUUCCAGGCCUUCACCAGCGGCCUCAGGAGGUACCUGCAGUACUACAGGGCUUGCGUCCUCUCCACUGCACCCACGCUGAGCCUCCUCACCAUUGGCUUUCUCUUCAAGAAACUGGGCCGCCAGCUCAGGUACCUGGCUGAGCUCUGUGGUGUCGGCACUGCCCCCCUGGGCUCCGGCGGGGAGUCCAGGCCUGCAUUCCCCACUGGGGUGAAGCUGCUCUCCUACCUCUACCAGGAGGCCCUGGAUAACUGCAGCAACGAGCACUACCCGGUGCUGCUGGCCCUGCUGAAGACCAGCUGCGAGCCCUACACACGGUUCAUCCAUGACUGGGUGUACAGCGGAGUCUUCAGAGACGUUUAUGGCGAGUUCAUGAUCCAGGUGAACCAUGAGUACCUGGGCUGCAGAGAUAAGUUGUACUGGACCCACGGCUAUGUGCUCAUUUCCAAAGAAGUGGAGGACUGUGUCCCUGUGUUUCUGAAGCACAUUGCCCACGACGUGUACGUCUGCGGGAAAACCAUCAACUUGCUGAAGCUCUGCUGCCCCCGGCAUUACCUCUGCUGGUCUGAUGUCCCCGUGCCUCGGAUCUCGGUCAUUUUUUCCCUUGAGGAGUUGAAGGGGAUCGAGAAGGACUGUGCCAUCUAUGUGGGGCGGAUGGAGCGGGUGGCACGCCACAGCUGUAUCAGCAAAGAGGAGAAGGAAUUACGAAUGGAAAUUGCAAAACAAGAAUUAAUCGUCCAUGCCCAGGAGGCGGCAUCGAGGGUCCUGGGAGCACUGAGUGAUCGGCAGAUGUCGGAACGGAUGGCUGUGGACGCCCAGAAGCGAGAGCAGUUUCAGAGGCUGAAAGAGCAGUCUGUGAAGGACCAGGAGCGGCGCCAGGCAGCCAGGCAGGAGCUAGAGGACGACUUCAGCUACGCCCGCGAGCUCCGGGACCGCGAGAAGAGGCUGCAGGCCCUGCAGGAGCAGCUGGAGAGGAAGGCCAGGCAAGCACUGGUUGACCAUUACAGCAAGUUGUCUGCAGAGGCCGCUCGUCGAGAGCAAAAGGCAUUAUGGAAGAUCCAGAGGCACAGACUGUCAAGUGCACGGCUUCGUUUUCUCUUAGAUGAUCAGAAACACACACAGGCCAUGCUGAAGGACGUGCCUGAUGGGGAGUCCCCAGAGCCGUUAGCCAAUGCCUCGGGUGCAGGCUCCCAGGCCUUGUUUCCAGGCCCUGAACACCCAGAUGGAGGCAGCAGCUGUGACUGGGGGCAUGCAGAGCAGCUCCCGGCUGCCCAGGGUAGCCUGUGCACGCCUACGUCACAGCCCCUUGGGUCUCCAGCCCCAGGUGCCUGCGGCAUGGGUCCAGGGCAGGCGGAGGGGCCUGGGCCAUUCUCUGCAGGCCUCCACAUCCAGGAUUUCCUGCCCACAGACGAGUGGGCUGAGCACUCUUCACACACCAGCAGGGCCCCUGUCCUGGAGGAGGCGCUUUGGACCAUCGGCUCAGACCUGCCACCCUUGGCUCUGCCUGCAGCAGCAGGCACAGGGCCAGCUGGGCCACAGGAGUAUGAUUUCAGAACCAUUCUGAGGCCGGUUGUAGCUGCCUCGGCUUCCCCAGGGUCCCUCCAGAUUGUAGGAGGUGAUUUGGGCAGCGAGGGGCAGCAGCUGUGGAGGGACACUCAUAUGCAGCUGGGCACAUGUGUCCCAGACAGGCAGGUGACUCUGCCCUCCCCACAGUACCCCCAGGACAACUCCCCCCAGCAGUGGAGCAGCCAGGCCACGGGGCAGCUCCCUGGGCACGUGUCAGAGGGUGAUGUUCCCACAGGGGGUUAUGCUUCCAGAAUAGCCCCCUCUCAGCCACGGGGGAAUGUCCACAGACAUGUGUCUGAUGCCAGCAUCAGGGUUGGGGAGAAUGUGUGGGAUGUACCCUCCUCCCGGCCACGGUGGAAUGUCCACGGACACGUGUCUGAUGCCAGCAUCAGGGUUGGGGAGAAUGUGUGGGAUGUGCCCUCCUCCCGGCCACGGUGGAAUGUCCACGGACACGUGUCUGAUGCCAGCAUCAGGGUUGGGGAGAACGUGUGGGAUGUGGCCCCCUCCCGGCCACGGUGGAAUGUCCAUGGACAUGUAUCUCAGUCCCACGUGAUGCUGGGGGCACCCCCAGGGGAAGCGCCACCUGACGCGCCCAGGCCCCGGCAGAGUCCCGCUGACCGUGCGUCCCAGUCAGGCCUCGGCCUGGGAGCCCAGAGCCCUGGCCAGGAUCAGGAGCCGUGGCCACCUCAGGAGGCCACUUCAGGCAGCUGCCUGCCUCAGGAGGCCAGCUCCAGCCGUGGGGAGGGUGGCCUCCAGGACUGCCUGUCUGCUGUGGCUGCACUGGGGUCUCUGGCAGACGGCACACCAGAGGAGCCAGGGAGGAGUGGGGACACUGAGGACCUCUCUCCAAGCCACCCUCCAAGCUCGCAGGAAGGUGUGGCGAGCAGCCCCGGCCUUGGGGAGGCGGCAGUGGCGGCGGCCCAGCGCUGGGACCGGGAGCAGGCCUACCUGGCAGGUCUGGCGGGGCAGUACCGCUUGGAGCCAUACCCGGACAGCUACGAGGCUAUGUCGGAGCCUCCCAUUGCCCACCUUCUGCACCACGGGCUUCCCCGAGCCUUCCCGCUGCCUGAGGAUCCCCGGGUUCAGUCGGAUGCAGACGAGACCGCGGUGCAGCUGAGCGAGCUGCUGCCCCUGGCUGUGCUCAUGAAGCACUCGGUCACCGCCCCGCUGGCCGCCCACGUGUCCCUGGUGAACAAGGCUGCCGUGGACUACUUCUUCGUGGAGCUGCGCCUGGACGCGCACUUCGAGGCGCUGCGGCACUUCCUGCUGAUGGAGGACGGGGAGUUCGCCCAGUCCCUCAGCGACCUGCUGUUCGAGAAGCUGGGGGCGGGGCAGACGCCGGGGGAGCUCCUCACCCCGCUGGUGCUCAACUCCGCGCUGAGCAAGGCCCUGCAGCACAGCCUGCACGGCGACAGCCCGCUGGCCGCCAACCUCUCCUUCGCCCUCAAGUUCCUGCCGGAGGCCUUCGCCCCCAACGCCCCCGAUGUACUGAGCUGCCUGGAGCUCAGGUACCAGGUGGACUGGCCCCUCAACGUCGUGGUCACCGACAGCAGCCUGAGCAGGUACAGCGGCAUCUUCUCCUUCCUGCUGCAGCUGAGGCUCAUGAUGUGGACGCUCAAGGAUGUCUGCUUCCACCUCAAGCGCACAGCGCUCGUGAGCCAUGCGGGCGGCUCCGCGCAGUUCCGCCAGCUGCAGCUGUUCAAGCACGAGAUGCAGCACUUCGUGAGGGUCAUCCAGGGCUACGUGGCCAGCCAGAUACUGCACGUCACCUGGUGUGAGUUCCGGGCCCGGCUGGCCGCGGCGGGCGACCUUGAGGAGGUGCGGCGCGCCCAUGCCGAGUACCUGCACAAGGCUGUGUUCAGGGGCCUGCUGACGGAGCGGGCGGCGCCCGUCAUGAACGUCAUCCGCAGCCUCUUCAGCCUGGUCCUCAAGUUCCGCAGCCAGCUCAUGUCCCGGCCCUGGGGCCCAGUCGGCCCCCGGGGCGCUGAGCACCCCAACUUCGCCCUCAUGCAGCAGUCGUACAGCGCCUUCAAGUACUACUCCCACUUCCUCUUCAAAGUGGUGACCAAGCUGGUGAACAGGGGCUACCAGCCCCACCUGGAGGACUUCCUGCUGCGCAUCAACUUCAACAACUACUACCAGGAUGCCUGAGGGGCCGCGCGCAGCCACCUUGUGGGGAGACUGUGGUACAGGCAGUCAACUGACCCCAGCUGUGGCUGGCCUCACCUGUACUCCUGGAGCCAGAGGUCCCAGUGGGCCCUGUUCCUGCUCAGCAGCGCAUCUGGACUCAGCUGCUCCAGUCGCGACUGCUGCUCCACACGCUCCAGCUCCUUGGUAAGGUUGGCCCGGGUGCCAAUGAGUGCCAGGAGCUGCGGGUUCGACUGCGCCAGCAUCAGCAUCAUGGAGAGCUGCCUGUGCCGAGGGACCGUAGGAGGUGUGUCCAUGAGGCCAUGAUGUCCCCAUGGCCAGCAGCGGGCAGUGUUCUGGGAAGGACCGCCAGGCGUCUGGAAUGACACCCAUCUCAGCCUGGAGCUGGAGGCAAUGUCCUCGGUGGCUCUACAACCCCACCAGGGGGCGAGCCCAGAACCAGCCGAUGACGCGGGCGUGGACACCUCACCACCCUUAUUCUGUGGCAGCCCAUCCACGUGAUGGGGCAGAUGCCACAAGCUGACAGGUAGUCCUGUUGAGUGGGUAGGGACCUCCCCAGAAGGUCACUGCUAUCAGUUCCUCCCAUGUGACAUAGGCCUGGGUUCUUCCCCACUUCCAGAUGGGCCCGGGGACCUGAACAGUCCCCAGCACCCCUUCCCCAGUGAUACUGGCUCUGCGUCCAGCUGGUCUUUCCGUCUCCUGGGGGCCAUCAGCCCAUCCCUUGUAUGUCACAUUAAAUUCCUACCUGACCAAGA